UAUUCAGGAGGUGAACAAGAACGAAGUAUUAUUUUAAUUUGUUAUAAGGGUUAAAGUCGCUACUGUAAACGGUAUAUCAGAGUCCAGGUUAUAAAUAUAUCAUGUAUGUGGACAUCGCAAUGUCGACGAUUUAAACGAUGUGGAUCACGACGACCUUCCAAUAUGUAGAAUGUAAACAUGAUAUUCUGUCGAGAUUGUGGGCACAUAUUUAGAAGUACAAAUGGUAUUUGUCAGUUAAUAUUGGUAGAGCAAACAUCUGGUUUAGAAACUUCUAGGAUGCUUUAUCGUGACAAAUAUCAUGCAACUCUGUCAUGACUCGUGCAUCUAAUCUACUAUAUCUUAUGUUUACGUAGUACAAAUGUAAAUCGUAUGCACAUGACUCUGAUAAAGCCCGGUUGACACAAAAAUAGAUAGAUAGAAUAGAUAGAAUGUUACAAAGUUUAUUUUUUGUAUAACAUAUUGACGUGUCUAGCAAACAUAAUACACGUGAAGAAACUCCUGCAACCAUGUCCGACGUUUUGAAAUGUGUAUACUGUAAAAUGGUUCUGGUUGAGCCGAUGACGCUGAUUUGCUUACAUUCUCUGUGCAAGAAGUGUUUUAUAAAGAUGAACAAAGAACAGCAAGAGGGAUUUGACAAGGAAAGUUGUAAAUCAGCUCUGCAAUGUCCAGCUUGUGAAUACGUAUCGUCCUUAGAAAUUACUGCAGAUGAUGUGAUUAAAGAUAAAAAUCGAUCACUCGUAGCACCCCAAGUUCUUCUAACUUUGCUUGAUUACGAGAUGGAAAGAAGAGAUCCUCAAUGUAUUCCUUGCAAGAAUCGAGGAAAAUUCAGUGCUUCGAUAUUUUGGUGUUUUGAUUGUGCCAUGUACCUUUGUGAGGAAUGCCUUCGAUUUCAUUCUUCCUUACCUUUUCUGGAAAAACACAAAACUUACCGUAGAGAAGAAAUGAGCGAAUAUGUACGUCUCUUCUCAUCUGCAAGAGAACUCUGUGAGAAGCAUGGCUUGCGCUUUACUAGGUUCUGCAAAGUAAAGGAAUCUGUAUGUUGUGAUGGAUGCAUUUCCUCUGAUCAUAUGGACAUUUGUUCAGGCAAACAUACAGAAAUACCAGGUACUAUUUCAAGCCUUGUUGACUCAAAAUUAUCCGCGCUAAAACAUUCAAUCACAACAUUAAAAGAGGAAAUAGACAGCGAGGUUAAGCUAACUUCUGAUACCGAACAUGAAACGGAUGGAUUUUUUCAAGACAAAAUGAGAAAUCCUGGUGAAAUAGUAGUAAGAAUUAGGAGUCGCUUGUUGGAAAAAACAGACACUUUGCUGGCAGAAUCCUAUAAGAUUGCAUUUUAUCAGUUGCAAGAAGUUGAGUCAAAGAUUACAAGUUUCAUUCAAAAGAAGUACGUUCUAGAAAAUGCGUUGUCAAUCAUUUCAGCUUUGCGGUUAGGAUCAGAAGUAAGAUUCUUUCUUGAGAAAAAGAAAGUAAAUAACAUCAUCACAGAUGCGAGGGGUCUUAUCGCAAACCAUGUGCGAGUAGAAAUAAAAAAUCCUUCAAUUUCCUUUGACGGGUGGCUGGAAAGAGCAUGCAAUUUAGCAGAAUUUGGAACCAUUAAUAAAAUGCAGAAUGCUCGAGGGUCGGAUACAGAGAAUAGCUGCAACAAACCCAUCAAAGAUCACAUCGAGAGUAAGCCAAACAAUAUUACCCGAUGGGAAAGUGAGCUCAACAUUUCGCAACCGAGAAGUACACAAAAAUUUGGGAUGAAUGAAGGAAACCGUUGUUUCAGUGAAAUGAAUUUGAGUUCCAUCGUUCCGAAUGAUGUUGACAUUCCUUGUGUGAGGACAUUUAUGUUCGAUUGUAAGACAUUUUCCCUGUCGAGAACGAUAAAAGUAGAAGAUUGGCGUUCUCAUAUUACAGGGUGCGCUUGGAAAUCUGAGAAUGAAAUAAUUAUCGUUGACCAGAAAGCGAAAGGCAAACCAGAUGUCCGAAUAUACAAUACAGACGAUGGUACUCUGAAAUAUACAAUUCCAUUGCGAGAAAAGCCAUAUGAUGUAGCUGUUCUUCCUGAAAAUCAGUUCGUGAUGACGUUCCCAAACAAACAGGAAAUCAGUCUAUUUACAUUUGGCGAUUGCACUUCAAAAAGAGACAUUGAUGUUGAUAUAAAUUGCUAUGGUGUGACUCAUUGUCCAAAUGGAACGAUCAUAGUUUCAGGCGAGACGUACUUAGUUUUCUACGACAAGUAUUUUUAUGAAACCAAAAGGAUAAUUGUAAAUGGAGAAGGAAUUCGAUAUGUUCAUGCAUACAAUAACAACCUGAUUUUCUACAGCGAGAUGGAAGGCAAGAAUGUUUGCAGCGUAAUUGGAAAUGGUGAUACUCGAUUUAGGUAUCAUGAUGACGAAAUGAAGGGUCCAGCUGGCCUUAUUCUGGAUGUCAACAAAAAUGUGUAUGUGUGUGAAAAAGGGUCACGGUUUCUUCACGUUUUAAACAAAAGUGGAAUCUUCGUAGAAAAGUUCGAAGUUGGUGGAAAUCCUACAGCAUUGUCACUUUCGGAGGACAGAAAAAAGAUUUGCAUUAUUCGCGGAGGACGGAAAAAUAUCAAUGUGGCAGAUAUAUACAUUUCAGAAUAAAUAUGAUUCAUUAACCUAUAUCACUAGAUAACAGUUGUAGAAGUAACAUUUGACUAUAAUUGGAACAAAAUAUUCAAAAUUAACGUUUUAUUCUUGAUGUCAUUUCUUAAAUACUUAUAGAAUAACAGACCAUAUUUGCCAGAAAUUAUUGAAAUCAUUACGUUUAUGAUCACUAGCAUUGUACAGAGAUUUGAAAUAGGAGUUGAAUUGAUUCAAGAAACCUUGAGUAGAUGGACAGGUAUUCUGACAACGAACUUUAUAUAUGUAUUGUUUCAUUAGAAUUAAUAAAAUUUGAAACAUUA